AUGAAAUUCUCCCAUUCGUUAAAGUUUAAUGCUGUUCCUGAAUGGCAGGACAGUUAUUUGAACUAUCCUACUUUGAAGAAAACCGUUUACAAGUUGCAACAAGAUCAACUCGUUAAUAAUGGUACCGAUGAUCAAGGCUACACUGUUAAUGCAAACCAAACUACCGUCAGUGAAUUGGUUGAUAACUUUAAACUUAAAAAUCCAAUUAGUAUUCCACAAGAAGGUUCUUCUUCAGACCAUUCUGAAAGCAACAAAGAUGGUAAUGCCCUUAAACAUAGAUUAGCUAAGAAUAUAUUCAACAAAUUUAAAAAAAAUAAGAAUAAUAGUGACAGUGAUAUUGAAAUACAGGAAUUUAGUCAUAAUGAUGAUUUAGAAAAGAAACCAGUUACUGUUACAAGUGUUGAUGAUUAUUCUGAUAAAAAUUCAGAAAUUAAAUCAUUUACUGGUGAUGUUGAUAACUCUUCAACUGGUUCUUCCUCUAACACUAACAGUCCUGAUAAAGUUAUUCAUAGAAUUUUGGAAAAAGAUAAUGAUGAUGAAUUUAGUGAUCCUAAAUCCUUGAGUUUUGAUCCUUUGAAGGUAUUUGGUAAGCAAUUGUUGUCUGAAUUGGAAAAAAUCAAUGAUUUUUAUAAUGUUAAAGAAAAAGAAAUAUUCAAAAAUUAUGACAAUUUACUAAAAGAUUUGCACAAUAAAAACGUUGAUAUUGAUGAUGUUUUCAGAUUCACUCAAGCUUAUUAUUCUGACCCAGAUGCUAUUUACACCGAUUCUCAUCAUCAAUACCACAUUACAUCUACAUUAUCAAGAACAGUUACUAAUGGUAGUGUCUUUGAUACCAUCAAUCAUAUUGAUAAUGAUUAUGAUCAACAAUUGCAAAAACAAAGAAGUCGUUCUGCUUCUCAAUCCUAUCACGAUUUAGAAAAACAAGAAGGUCCAGAAGUAUACGUCAAUGAAGAAGAUUCUGAAGAUGAUGAUGAAGAAGAAAUUGGUGCUAGUCAAGAUUCUGUUUUACUUCAUCAUAGUGAUUUUAAUGUUAAACAACAAUUGAAAGUUACUUUGAAAAGAAGAGCCAUUACUUUAUUCAUUAGUCUUUCUGAAUUGAAGUCAUUUAUUGAAUUGAACAGAAUUGGUUUUACAAAAAUUUGUAAGAAAUUUGAUAAAACUUGUGGUUAUUCAAUGAAGGAAGAUUUCAUUAAUAAUUUCUUGCCAACCUAUUCCAGAGUUUUCCAAUCUAAAACAACUGAAGAAUUGGAUCACAAGAUUAAUGAAAUUGUCAAGAUUUAUGCAUUUUUAAUCAACAGAUUAACUUCUAGUACUACUGUUCAAGAUUUGGAAAAUGUUAAAACAGAUUUGAAAUCACAUUUAAGAGAUCAUAUUGUCUUUGAAAGAAAUACUGUUUGGAAAGAUAUGUUGUCUAUGGAAAAGAAAUCAUACAACUUGGAUUUGGACAAUUCUGCUGUUCAAAAUAAUAAAAUGGGUGAUGAAGCUCAUAUUAAAAACUCCAUGAUGUAUAUUGAAAUGAGAAGUAUGAAAUUCCCAAAGAAUAUUUCCAUCUUUGGUUAUGAUCAUUUGUCUCUUCCAGAAUUUUUCUUUACUACCCAAAUGUUGAAAGUUACCAUUACUGUCAUUGUAUUUAUUAUUUUACUUGCAGUUAAAACAUUUAAUGAUCCAGUUCAAGGUCGUUGUUUAGCUGUUCUUGUUGCUUCUGCUAUGCUUUGGGCAUCUGAAGCUUUACCAUUAUAUACUACUGCUUUAUUGGUUCCACUUUUAGUUGUUACUUGUAAAGUUUGUAAAGUAGAUGGUACCGAUGAACCAAUGGCUGCUGCUGCUGCUUCCCUGUAUAUCUUGAGUACAAUGUGGAAUUCAACAAUUAUGAUUUUGAUUGGUGGUUUCACUUUAGCUGCUGCAUUAUCCAAAUAUAAUAUUGCAAAGAUUAUUUCAUCUUUUAUUUUGGCUUGGGCUGGUACUAAACCACGUAAUGUUCUUUUAGCCAUUAUGUGUGUUUCAUUAUUUUUAUCCAUGUGGAUUUCUAAUGUUGCAGCUCCUGUUUUAUGUUUUUCCCUUAUUCAACCAGUUUUAAGAAGUAUUCCAACGGACUCUCCAGUUGCUCAAAUGUUAGUUUUGGGUAUUGCUUUAGCAUCUGAUGUUGCUGGUAUGGCUUCUCCAAUUUCUUCUCCACAAAACGUUAUUGCCAUUGAAUCUAUGGAUCCAAAUCCAGGUUGGGGUAAUUGGUUUGCUGUUGCAUUACCAGUUUCUAUUAUUUCUGUCAUUUUGAUUUGGGUUGAAUUGAUUACUACUUUUAAGAUUAAAAAUGUUAAAUUGCAAAAAUUCAAGCCAAUUAAAGAUAGAUGGACCGUUAAACAAAUUUACGUGUUUGUUGUUACCUUGGCUACUAUUCUUUUAUGGUGUGUUAUGUCUAAAAUCAGUGGAACUUUUGGUGAAUCUGGUAUUAUUACUAUUAUCCCAAUUGUUUUAUUCUAUGGUACUGGUUUACUUAAAGUUGAUGAUUUAAACAAUUAUCCAUGGUCUAUUGUUCUUUUAGCUAUGGGUGGUAUCGCUUUAGGUAAAGCUGUUACUUCUUCAGGUUUAUUGAAAACUAUUGCCUUGGCUUUACAAAAGAAAAUCAUGGAUUAUGAUGCCUUUGUUGUUUUGGUCAUUUUCGGUGCUUUGAUUUUAGUUGUUGCUACUUUUGUUUCCCAUACUGUUUCUGCUCUUAUUAUUGUUCCAUUAGUUAAAGAAGUUGGUGAAUCUUUACCUACUCCACAUCCACGUAUGCUUAUUAUGGGUGUUGCUUUAAUUGCGCUGGGUGCUAUGGGUUUGCCAACUUCUGGGUUCCCUAAUGUUACUGCAAUUGGUAUGCGAGAUGAGGUGGGUAAACCUUAUGUCACAGUUAAUUCAUUUAUUACUAGAGGUGUCCCAGCAAGUAUAAUUGUUUAUCUCUGUGUCAUCACUCUUGGUUACGGUAUCAUGUCUUCAUUAAAAUUCUAG